CAAAGCAGGAAAUUGAAACGGAAACGAGCGAAGCAGGAACUUAAAAUCAUUAACGGACAGUUUAACAGUUGUCGAGUUCAGCUUUUUUUAAAUCAGUUGUUAUGAGUUCGUGUGCGGACCCUCCUCUGCUCCCUGUCCGCCAGCGAACGGGGUCAGUAUCCCGGAGCAGGUCCGGCACCGAUCGGUCGGGAAGAGACGUGGAUCGGAUGAGCGUCGGGCACAAGAAUCGUCAACCCCGGGUUGAGAAGUUUAUGUCGCUUCUCAGUCUCCGGAUAUUUUCACUCGUUCGCCUUUUCUCGCUUCUGCUCCAGCUUGGUGUGGUCGGUGCCGAAGCUGAAAGGGAAGAAGUGGUUGGUGUCCUUGGUUCAUCAGUUUUACUGGAUCCUGAAAUCACCGUUGAUUCCAGCAAGAAUGAUAUCCUUUGGACUUUCAAAGCCAGCAACAAAAGCCAUGAUGUUAUUUUGGAUCACAUCCCAGGUGAUGCCACAUUUGAACCAAGUGAACAGUUCAAGGACCGUUUACAAUUCAACGCUUUGAGUGGUGCACUGACGAUAAGCAGAUUAAAUGCCGGUGACCAAGGAGAUUACACCUUCACUGUCGAUGGGAAAGAGUUGAAAACAAUGGAGUUGCUUGUCAUUGAUAAAGAUAAAGAAGAGUUUGCUGUCCUUGGCUCAUCAGUUUUACUGGAUCCUGAACUCAAAGUUGAUCCCAGCAAGAGUGAAAUAGUUUGGACCUUCAUCGGCAGGAGCAUUUUGCAUCAUAUCCCAGGUCACAGCUUAGUGGAACCGAGUGACCAGUUCAAGUUUCGCCUGCGCUUUGAUAUUUCUAAUGGUGCUCUGACUGUGAAUGAAGCAGAACAUGGCGACCAAGGAGAUUACACCUUCAUUGUGGAUGGACAAGAGCUGAGAAUAAUACAACUACGCCUUGUUGAUGAGCUGUCAGAAGCUUCCAUAUUUACCAACAUCGAAUCACUGGGUUUCACGGUCGAGCUCACCUGUGAUGUCUCUGGAGAUCCGAAUGUGUAUCAGUGGCAAAAGAAUGGAGGGGAAAUCUCCCAGCAUCACCAACUAACAGAUGAAAACAGAACACUUGUUAUCCCAAGCGCUUCAUCUGAAGACUGUGGAGUGUACACCUGCAUCACAACCAAUCCUGUCAGCUCCAUCCAGACAAACUACACCUUAAUGUUGCAAGGGCUUUCCCUCAAGGAUGUUAUACUGAUUGCUGUAUUGGCCGCAGGACAGGUGAUUUCUGGACCAUCUCUUCAUUCAGCCGUGUUACUGGACCAGUGGGGGUGGAAAACCCUCGGAGGACGUCCGGGAUAUUUUCUAAUCCUGUGGAUCUGUAAUACUUUGUCACUUAUCGCCAUGUACAUUGUGUUCGUGUAUUGGUCUGUAGUUGGAGGCCUUUCACCGUUGGACUUUGUUGUGAUUUGUGUGUUGAUCGUAGGAUUGCAGCUUUCUUCACUUUAUAUCAAUGUACUUCAGUAUGUGACCAAGAUCUGGGAAUUACUGAAAGAUUCUCAGAUGAUCACAAUUUGGAGGAAGUUGAAAACCGUCUGUGAUAUUGUCCUCAUCAAUUGUUUCAUCAUUGCCUGGAUCGUCAGCGCUACGAGUUCUGGCCUUUCCACCGUGGGAAUCGUCACUAUCGUCUUAUCAAUCGUACUGCCAGUUGUGUUCAUUGUAAUUCUGACGUACCGGAUCAUAAAAAAACGUUUGGACAAAGCAUCAUAUCAGGUUGGUGUAAAGGAUCCCAAUGAUGGUGAGACUAAUUACCAAAUGAAGUCUGUCACCGAGAGACAGGAAUCAGGAAAAGGGCCGAUGACCCCAGGUUUGGUUGGGGAGUUGUGUAUUAAAGAAGAGUUUAAUGGAUGA